AACGCCAAAAUUGUCGCGGUGUUCAAUAUCAUUCAGCAUCGUUUCAAUUAGUAUUCCCCUCUAAUUCAUGUUGUCUAUAACCUACGUUAAACAUGAAAACCAGUCAUAUUUGGGCAUUCUUCGUCCGGCUAACCGGGCAAAGCCAACAGAACCAAGAGACCCUACCCGCUUAUUCCACCUUAGCUACGAGCCCCAAAGAUAGCAUUGGUAAUUCAAUAGAUACCGAAUCCCUAGGCGAAGAUUCCAGCUUCGAUGGCUGCCCUAUAGACCGUCGCCAGAGCGCAGUCGUGCCCCGCCUCUCGCAAUUCCUUUCCCAUUUCACCCUAGGCUUUGCCGAUGGCCUCACGGUACCUUUCGCAUUGACAGCGGGUUUAUCGUCUUUGGGCCAAACACAAACAGUUAUAUAUGCUGGUAUGGCCGAGAUAUGCGCGGGUUGUAUCAGCAUGGGAAUCAGCGGGUAUCUUGCGGCCGAAGGAGAAACAAGCAUGGAGAUGAAUCUUGAUAACCACAAUGAGAAGUUGAAGGAGGCUGAUGAAGAUGCUAUUCAAAGAUAUCUUGCUGUCAUGGACCUUCCUCCAGAUCUUCUUCAGGGUGUUAAAGCCCAUAUCGACUACCACCCCUCUGUCUCUCGGCGGCUGUUGAAUAACUUAAAGUCGACCGGCGACGACAAGGCUAGAGAAUUUCCGCCUUGGGUAAUCGGGCUAUCGAUAUCUUUGGGGUACCUGAUUGGCGGCAUGCUUCCACUGUUCCCAUACUUCUUCGUUAACAAAGUUGGCGAUGGCCUGCAAUGGAGUUUCGUGGUCUGCCUCUUGGCUUUGUUCGUUUUUGGAUUUGCCAAGAAUUACCUCCUACACAACGGGUCCGUGGGGGAUGGUUGGCAACACGGAGACGCGAGAAAGAGUGUCGCGAGGUGGAAAAGAUUUCAAGAAAGUUGGUGGGAAGGAAUGCGAAUGGUUGUCAUGGGAGGAUUGGCUGCUGUUGCGGCUGUUCUGUGCGUCAAACUUUUUGAAGGAGUUAUGUCCUAAACCGCGAAAACACCACCCUGAGAAAACCUAGGUUUCAAAGCUCCGUCUUUAUUAUGGGAUUAUUUCCCAGGAUAGUCGCUACCUCGGCCGCUUAGUCCGUUCGAAUAUAUCAAUUACCCGCGAGACGCCGA